UGUCAAACAAUGCGCAUCAUGAAAGCUGUUUGUUUUGUCGUUGUUGUGAUGGUUAUGAGUUGCUAUGGAUAUAAAACGAAUUCUCAUAAGGGAUCUUAUACACUAAAACUUGAAAACGCCAAUUAUGGAGAAAUUCGUAGUAUGUUCAUGAAGAUAAAAGGAACAGGGCAAGGUAUGGAAGAACACCAGGAAAAUUUUUCAGCUUUUGCGGCUUCUUUAACUGAUCCAAAAACCCUGGGAGCUGGCCAAAUUGUCAAAUUUAACAAAGUUUGGACAAAUAUCAAUAACGACUACCAUCCAAGUACUGGUGUAUAUACGGCUCCAAUAACAGGCGUGUACCAGUUUGCCUGCUCCGUAAUGACACCAUAUAGUAAAACUCUUCGUGUCUUCCUAUGGAAAAAUAACACAGAGACAGUAGCCAUUUAUCCUGGAGAUUCUGGUCAUAAUAUGGGAACUCUUAAUAUGAUAUUAGAACUUAAGAAAGGCGACAAAGUAUACAUCAAGCAAGGGAGAGGAGAGAAGCACAUCUACAGCCAAUCUUCAAGCAACUUUAGUAUGUUUUCUGGUUAUCUCAUUCGAUGA